AAAAAAAACAAGCAAAAAAGCAGUGACCGACCCCUGAACCGGGGCGGAGUCCUGUGGUGGAAAUCCUUCGGCUUCAACUGUUGGAGGGGCCGGUCGGGCUCGAACCUGGCAUCUUCCGGGAAAUGGCAGCAGCCAGGACUAGCCUGGGCCGGGUUCACCCAGAAUCCUCUAUCCUGUUCCUGUGUGACAUGCAGGAGAAGUUCCGCACCACCAUCUCCUACUUCCCCCAGAUCGUGUCCGUCGCUGCUCGAAUGCUUAAGGUGGCCAGGCUGCUGAAUGUCCCAGCUGUGCUGACAGAGCAGUACCCACAGGGCCUGGGCCCCACAGUGCCAGAGCUGGGGGCGGCAGGCCUUAAGCCACUGAGCAAGACCUGCUUCAGCAUGGUGCCUGCUUUGCAGCAGGAAUUGGACCGCCUGCCUCAGCUGCAGUCUGUGCUGCUCUGUGGCAUUGAGACCCAAGCCUGCAUCUUGAACACGGCCCUGGACCUCCUGGACCGAGGGCUGCAGGUCCACGUGGUGGUGGAUGCCUGCUCUUCUCGCAGCCAGGUGGACCGUCUUGUGGCUUUGGCCCGCAUGCGCCAGAGUGGGGUCUUCCUCUCCACCAGCGAAGGACUCAUUCUGCAGCUUGUGAGGGAUGCCGCCCACCCGCAGUUCAAGGAGAUCCAGAAGAUCAUUAAGGACCCCGUUCCAGACAGCGGGCUGCUGGGCCUCUUCCAAGGCCAGAACCCUCUCUUGCUGAACUCCACACCCUGAUUUGAUAGACCCUCCCUUCUCAUCCCCACGUUGGUGGCUUGAAGCACUUUCCCUGGAUCCCAAGAGUGGUGCGGUCCACCAGGAGUACCGCCCCCGUGGGAGGAGAGGCAUGGUUCUGUUCUCCCAUUGGGCAGAUGCUCCCGGAAAUGCAAAUGAGGCUCCUGGGUGCUGGGCGGGAAUUGGCUGAGGGUGAGGUGGAGGCGGGGUUCGGCCCCGGGCCACUUUACAGGGCGGGCUGGGGAGGGGGAAGAAGUGUCACCAACAGACCCUCCCCCUCAAGAGAAUAAACACUGAUGUGGC